ACGUAAAUUAUUGUAUCAAGGAAGCAUUCCUUGCAUUAAGGGACCACGUGGGAAUGAAAACCAAGAGUUUUCCAAUGACCUUGUCUUUGAAAAUAGUUCACUCAAUAAUAUUGAUAUUCCUUGAACAUCGAGUAAUAUCACACCUGGGAUUACCCACAAUGAAGAGGAGUUUUCUAAUGAUAUCAUCUUUGAAAAUAUUUCCCUCGAUAAUAUUGAUAUUCCUUCAACAUCGAGUAAUAUCACACCUGAGAUUACCUACAAUGAAGAGGAGUUUUCUAAUGAUAUCAUCUUUGAAAAUAUUUCCCUCGAUUAUAUUCAAUGAGAAUACCAAAAACAAACAAAUCAAAUGGUUCAAAGAAGAAUUGUAGUAGAUACUCUCCCAGAACAAAUAAAAAGAUACAGAAAUUAAAUAGAAGUCUAAACUCCGUGAGAUGUAAGCUCUACAGGAAAAAAGUGCCUCCUUGUUUUUGUUAAGGUACGCCUGUAAUGUCCAGCAAUAUAGCUUCAAUUCAUAAAUUAAUUACUGAGGCAAAGAGAUAUUUAUCUAGAGAAGCUUGUUCAUUAUUUGCCAACAUCAUACCGCCGGUAUGAUGAUGAUAUGAAAGAGAUGUGCCUCUUGUGGUACUAUGCUUCGCCAAAGGGCUACAAAGCAAUUUCCAAAUGCCUCAAUUUGCCAACACCUAGAACUUUGAGGAACUGGCAAUUCCAUUUGAAAGUAUCUCCUGGAAUAAGUCCUGCAGUAGUUAAGUCUCUAGAGGUUAACAUAUCUAAACAUGCCAAUGAGAAAAAAAAAAUUUGCGCUCUUCUGUUUGAUGAGAUUGG